CAGGGCUUUAUAAAGAUGAAAAGGUGCUGGAAGCCUGAGGCUAGAAAAUGACGGGAGGCAGUGAGUGUGGUGCUGGAGACAAAGAUGGUGCCUCCACGUUGGCAGCGCAGGUUCCUGUUGGCUGGCAGAGAAAAGUGGAGGAUGGGACAGUCGCUUACAUCAGCCCCAGUGGUACCGUUCUGUCUUCAGUGGAGGAGGUGAGAACGUAUCUGUUGACUGAUGGCACCUGUAAGUGUGGGCUGGAGUGUCCACUGGUUGUACACAAGGUGUUUAACUUUGACCCGGGGGCAGUGGUUCGACAGCGGAGCCAGCAGCCCGGGAAAGCCGAGGAAGACAUGACCAAGCUGUGCAACCACCGGCGGAAAGUGGUUGCCAUGGCUGCACUCUGCCGCAGCAUGCAGACCUCCCAGCUCCCCAUGGCUGCCCACGGCACAGGGAGCACAUUCUGCGCCAUGGAGAGCAGGGAUCCGAGAGGGGGGUCCAUGGGAGGCCGGGAAGACGGAGGCCACUGCACUUACUCCCCCCGACCUCGACUGUCCGCCCUGCCCAAGCUCAACAGUGCCCCCAGUCCCACCUCGUGCGGGGGCGGCGGAAGCUCGCCCCAACUCCCCGCCUCGUUCCCCUACAACGGAUCUUUACCCCUUCCUCGCCCAGGCUCCAAUUCCCGGCUGUCUCCCGAGCUGAACCUGCUUCCGAGGAAGCUGCCUCCUCCAUCCCCUGGCCGCUCCCCCUUUUCCUGUUACGGAACACCCCAGAGGUACCCCCGGCCACCCACUCCCCAAAAUCUGAUCCAGAACCAGAGACAGCCCCGUACCCCGGAACCCCCAAACUCCCCUCGGCUAGGACCCCACUCACACGCCUGCUCACUGGACGCCUCCCUGUCCUCCCCUUCCUCUUCCUCUUCUCUGACUUUAGCAGUGGGUCGGGCUGGGAUGAACCACCAGCAGGGGGCAAGUGUGGGUUCCCCGCCCCCGUUUUCAUGCAGCCCCUCCCCUUCCGGGAGCUUGGACUGCCCCUCCCCCCGCCAGCGCUCCCGCCACUCUUCGGCCUCCUCCUCUCUCUCUGAACAGGGGGCAGGAGUAUCAGUAGCUGCUUACCCCCCCGGGGGCAAAUCCUCCUGCCUCCCGCAGUCCCCGCUGCCCCUGACCGUGCCUGGGGGCUCACCCAAAGUCCUCCUGCCCCCAGUGAGCCCCAAAAGCCGCCUUGAGGGAAUGUUGCAGCAAUACAAGGACUCUGGAAACGGCGGCGCUCCGGCGAACCCCACCCAACACCACAGCGCCCAGACCAACCAAAGCAACUUCCAGGUACCCCAGCAUCUCACACUGCCGCCUUUCGCCUCCGAUAGGAAGAACGGACAGCCAGUGACGGCGCCGGUGCCAGCUGCCGCUCUCGGGCCGGGCAGCGCCGGUGCUCCCGGCGGGUUCCUGGGUCUGCCGCUGGGGCAGCUCCUGAAUCAGCAGAAGCACCAGCAGCAUGCCACUUCCUUCCCGGCCAGCAGCCUCCUCUCAGCGGCAGCCAAGGCCCAGCUGGCCAGCCAGAAGAGUCAGAGCGGUAGCACCCAUGUCAGCGCCACCCCUGCGGCGGGUGUUGGUAAGGAGGCCCAGCAGUCCAAGGUAUUGAUCAGCACUUUACACAAUAGUGUCCCCUCCACUGCUAGGCCUCUACCCGCAUCCACCCUCCUCCUCCCCCCGCACUCCUCCGCACCCCGAGUGCCGCAUGCCCUCCCUGUCACUCUCCUGGACAAGACGUCGCACCGCAAGCGCCAGCGCAGGUCCCCCACGGUGCUCAGCAUGCUGAAGGAGUCGCAGCUGAACAGCCUGAAAGCGGCGGGAGACCUGCCCCCGCUCCUCUCCUCGCACUCUCACUCCUCCUCCUCCUCCUCCUCCUCCUCUACCUCGGCUUUGCUGCACCCUCACCCGGAGCACCACCCCCACCACCCGCACCUGUCCGCUUCCACGGCCCAGCCUAACCUGGCCUCCGGCCUCUCCAAGCAGCCCGACGCUCAGGACCCCAAGAGGACGGGCGUCCCGGCCGCCCCCGCCUCCGCCCCCCAGGCCCCGGCCCAGCCCCUCUCCGCCCUCCUGCAUCUGCUUAGCGUGCAGAGCGCUCAGGCCGCCGCGUCGCAGACCGGGCCCGGCCCCGCGCAGCCCGCGCCCAACGUCAGGCAGGACUGCAGGCAGUCCGCCUCCCCCGGACUCUCCGCUGUCCAGCCCACGCAGUUUCAGCACCAGGCUUUGCCUGGGCUGCUAACUGCUCACCAGCAGCCCCAAAGCCUCGUGCCCCCACUGGAGGGAUACCCCGCGCAGUCCUCCUCUCCUCAGGUGUUCCCCCUGAUGGGCAUGGCUGGGGAGGUGGACGGCAGCCCCUCUAGCCCAAAGCUCAUCCCGAACCCCAGCCCCCUCCUCGCCCUCGGCCAGCCCCCCGCCGCUGCCAUGCCCGUGUCUCAAGACGUCAGCAACCAAAUUCUGGGUAUCCUGGGCCAGCUGUCUGCAUCCCCGUCCUCCAUAUCCUUGGGGGAGAAGAACCUGGGCCCCAAAAUGGGUGAGGGUGGGCUUGAUGAACCCAGCGGGCCCCCUUCCCAGAACCAGCCUAACCCUGCUGAAGGCACCCUCAUGGCAGUGGAUGCUCGGGACACCCCAGAGAGCAGAUUACCAGGCGCCUGUAGCCCUGACCCCAGCACCAGCCUCCCUCCUCCCACAGCACCGGGGGAUUCUUCCAACCCCCUGCAGCUGGCCGAAUCGUUCCCCUUCAUGAACCAGGACCAGCUCCUGCAGUUGCUGUCUGCCAGCUCUGGGUUGCCCUCCCUGCUGGGGCCCCCUUUCCUGAGCUCUCUGCCCAUUGGGCUGUGGAUGGGGGGCCAGCAGGCUCAGACUCCCCAGCAGCAGCAGACCGGCCUGCUGAACCAGACCUCCCCGUUAAACAUUUUGCCUUCGAUGCUGGGAGCUCAGGGAGACUUGCCAGUCAACCUUCUGGGUCUGUUGAACCCUCCUCCUCCUCCCCCUUCCCCGUCGGCCGCUCCCGUUCCCAGCCAAGCCGGGGACAUGGGUGACAAGCCAGGACUUCAGGCGCUC